UUGAGCUACCUGCCCCGCAGCCCCGCUAAUCAUUUUGUUUCUAUCCGUAUACGAUCUCCAACCAGGCGAAGACAGACACAACUCUGACAGAUGGCCGGCGGGGCCUGGUCUUCUUCAGUGUAGUUAUCAUAUGGAUGAUUGCUAAUCUCGUGUGCACUAACCUUCAGCCACACGCUGAGACAGUGGCCCAAGGGCUGAAACAGGUUGUGUCGAGCCAUGGCAUUCAGUAAAGGUUAUCGUAUUUAUCAUAAACUGGAUCCACCUCCGUACAGUGUGAUUGUGGAGACCAGAAAUCGAGAGGAAUGCCUGAUGUUCGAGUCUGGAGCCGUUGCUGUACUGUCGGCGGCGGAGAAAGAGACCAUCAAAACAGCGUACACCAAGAUGCUGGAUGCUUAUGGGAUCCUGGGAGUUCUUCGUCUUAACCUUGGAGAUUCUAUGCUGCACAGCCUGGUGGUCGUAACAGGCUGCAGUUCAGUGGGAAAAGUCCAGGAUUCAGAAGUUUUUCGAGUAACGGGCACUGACUUCGUCUCUCUGAAAAACGACCCCUCGGAUGAGGACCGCAUCGCUGAUGUCAGGAAAGUCUUAAACUCUGGUAACUUCUAUUUCGCUUGGUCCUCCACCGGAGUGAGUCUGGACCUCAGCUUGAACGCGCACCGCAGAAUCAGAGAAGACACAUCCGACAAUCGUUUUUUCUGGAAUCAGUCCCUCCAUCUCCAUCUCAAGCAUUAUGGGGUGAACUGUGAUGACUGGCUGCUGAGGUUGAUGUGUGGCGGAGUGGAGAUCCGCACCAUCUAUGCUGGCCACAAGCAGGCCAAAGCUUGCGUGAUCUCUCGGCUCAGCUCAGAGAGAGCAGGCACACGUUUUAAUGUCCGAGGCACAAAUGACGAUGGCCAGGUGGCCAACUUUGUGGAGACUGAGCAGGUUAUUUUCCUUGAUGACAAAGUAUCUUCCUUCAUUCAGAUCCGAGGGUCAAUACCCCUGUUCUGGGAGCAGCCGGGAAUUCAGAAACACUCUUUUAAGGGGAUUAUGUUGCAGCUGAAUCAAAGUCGAGAGGCGAAAGGACAGCAUGGAAAACAACAGCUGGUCGGAUCUCAUCGUGUUAAGCUGUCUCGUGGUUUUGAAGCAAACGCACCGGCUUUUGAGAGACACUUUGGUGCUCUGAGGAGGCUGUAUGGCAGACAGGUGAUCAUCAACCUGCUGGGUAUGAAGGAGGGGGAAAACAUGCUCAGCAAAGCAUUCCAGAGUCACCUGAAAGCUUCAGAGCAUGCGAAUGCUGUGAGAAUGUUGAACUUUGACUAUCAUCAGAUGGUUAAAGGUGGGAAGACUGACAAGCUCAUCACUGUCCUGAAACCUCAGAUCAACAAGUUUCUGGAGGAAUGUGGUUUCUUCUACUACUCGGGGGAGGCCGGCAUUCAGAGAUGUCAAACUGGGACUAUUCGUUCCAAUUGUUUAGACUGCUUGGACCGAACAAACAGCGUCCAGGCCUUCAUUGCACUUGAGAUGCUUCCAAAACAGUUAGAAGACAUGGGUCUGACUGAGAAGCCUCAGCUGGUGGCACGCUUUCAGGAGGUUUUCCGCUCCAUGUGGUCCACCAAUGGAGACUCGGUCAGCAAGAUCUACGCAGGCACUGGUGCCCUGGAUGGCAAGGCUAAGGGUGGAAAGCUAAAAGACGGCGCUCGCUCAGUCACUAGAACCAUUCAGAACAACUUCUUUGACAGCUCUAAACAAGAAGCCAUUGACAUCCUGAGACUGGGCAGCACCCUGAACAGUGACCUGGCAGAUAAGGCACGAGCCCUCCUCACAACCAGCAGCCUGUACGUCUCUGAGCCCAUUUUACAGUCAGCCUCUCCCAGAGUGCUUCUGGGCAUGUGUCAGAACUACUUCAAGUACACACGUCCCAAGAAGAUCAGAGUGUGUGUGGGUACAUGGAACGUGAACGGGGGCAAGCAGUUCCGCAGUAUUGCGUUUCGUAACCACACGCUCAAUGACUGGCUCCUGGAUGCCCCUAAGAAGGCCGGCCACCCAGAAUUCCAGGAUGGAAAAUCUAACCCAGUGGACAUCUUUGCUAUUGGCUUUGAGGAAAUGGUAGAGCUGAAUGCUGGAAAUAUCGUCAGCGCAAGCACUACUAAUCAGAAGCUGUGGGCUGCAGAACUGCAGAAGAACAUCUCACGAGAGCACAAAUACGUGCUGCUGGCCUCAGAGCAGCUGGUGGGUGUGUGUCUGUUCGUCUACAUACGCCCUCAGCAUGCACCGUUCAUCAGGGACGUUGCUGUGGACACAGUGAAGACUGGAAUGGGUGGAGCCACUGGUAAUAAAGGGGGUGUGGCUAUUCGCAUGCUCUUCCACACCACCAGCAUCUGCUUUGUGUGCUCUCACUUUGCUGCCGGCCAAUCACAGGUCAAAGAGAGGAACGACGACUACAAUGAAAUCACACGCAAACUGUCCUUCCCCAUGGGCCGUCUCCUAUACUCUCAUGAUUAUGUAUUCUGGUGUGGAGACUUCAACUACCGAAUAAAUAUUCCCAAUGAAGAGACCAAGGAACUGAUCAGACAGCAGAAUUGGGAUGCACUGAUUGCUGGAGAUCAGCUGCUGGAGCAGAAGAAUGCUGGACAGAUUUUUAGGGGCUUUAUUGAAGGGAAGCUGGAUUUUGCCCCCACUUACAAAUAUGACCUGUUUUCGGAGGAUUAUGACACCAGUGAGAAGUGCCGCACACCAGCCUGGACUGACCGUGUGUUGUGGAAGAGAAGAAAGUGGAACUUUGAUAAAACUGCGGAAGAGUUGGAGUUGAAUGUAGUAGGAGCCCCAGUGAUUGAGGAAGAUCAGUACCCAUGGAGCCCUGGAGAGCUCAAGUAUUAUGGUAGAGCGGAGCUCAAAACCUCUGAUCACAGGCCUGUGGUGGCUAUCAUGGAUGUGGACAUACUUGAAGUGGAUCCAGAGGCCAGACAUCAGGUGUAUAAAGAAGUGAUCGCCCUGCAGGGUCCACCAGAUGGCACCAUCCUUGUCUCUCUCUGCACAUCUGGUCCUGAUGACUACUUUGAUGAUGCACUGAUUGAUGACCUGUUGGACAAGUUUGCAAAUUUUGGCGAGGUUAUUCUUAUCAGGUUUGUUGAAGAGAAAAUGUGGGUGACAUUUUUGGAGGGAUACUCUGCUCUGGCAGCUCUAUCUUUGAGUGGCUCUACUGUGAAUGGUAAGACCAUAGACAUUCGUCUGAGGAGUCCAGGUUGGAUAAAGAGUCUAGAGGAGGAAAUGAGUGUGGAGAGAAUCUGCGGUAGCAUCCCAACAUCCACCAGCUCUACCCUGCUGGCAGAAAACUCUGACAUGGGAGAAGAGUAUGACAUGGAAGGUGAUGUGGAUGAGGAGGUUGAGGAUAUUUUACCCCAGCACCUGCAACCUGGAGCAGGCAUGGAUCUGGGCGCAUCCCCUGCCACGUCGCCACACACCAGCCCCUGCCCCUCUCCUACCCACGGAGAACCUGCAGCCCCCAUCCGGCCCAGCAGAGCCCCUCCACGCACAGCUGGACCACCACAGGGAGGAUUAAGCCCAGCAUGCAUUAGAAGGGAACUGGCAGGUUCUCCUGUUGAUGGUCAGCCAGCUGGUGCUCUCUUUUCACAGGGACUAGAGCCAAAACGCCCCCCUCCUCCACGCCCCAACGCCCCACCAGCCCGACCUGCACCUCCACAGCGCCCCCCACCACCUUCAGGACAAAAAAGCCCAGCAUUAGCACGUGCAGAUGCAGCUGGUCGUGGUCAAGCCACCGGAUCAGCCCCUGGAGGCACUUCGCGGCCGAUCCCACCUCGAGCAGGAGUCAUCAGCAUCCCUCCUCAGGCUAGACCUCCUCCUCCUGCUCAUCCUGGGGCCCCCAGGCCCAUAGCAGAGGUGCAUCCUGGGGCACCACGACCCUCACCUGAUAAUCACCCCGGAGCACCAAGACCCAUUCCUGAACCCCAAAGCAAACCGUCUGAACUGCCUCUGGGUCCACCCCCCACACUGCCAACUCCCAUGAGGCCUCAGAUGAUAUCACCCAUGCAGCCUCAGUCUAUGUCACCAAUGCAGCCUCCAGUCCAAGUCCAACUGCCCCCUCCCAUACAAUCCCAGCUCCCUCCACCAAUGCAGCCCACCUUCCCUGCCCCGCUGGUGCCUCAGCUUGCUCCUCAAGCAUCUGCUGGAGCCGCUGCCGCCCCUCAGCCCGGACUGGCAUCUCCUAAGCCUCCCCCCCGGAGCCGGUCCUCUCACACACUGCCACCUGAGUCUGCUCCUGCUCCUACAUCUCAGGCCAAGGACAUGAAUGGAUUUCAAAAAGAAGCACAAUGGAAACUAGACCCCUUCGACACACUUAACACCCAGUCCCUCUUCCAGAACACCUCGUUCUCCGCUUCCCUCCCUCGCUCCUCUUCCUCAUCCACCCCCUCCCCUUCUUCUUCCUCCACAUUACCCAGCUCCCUCUCCCUAUUCUCAGCUCCCUACACCAGCAGCACUCCAUGUCUUCUGCUUCCACCCGUACCCUCCCGCAGCAAAUCCCAGGAGACCCUCCGUUCAUCCCCCAUUCCGUUCCUCGCAGAAGCCCAACCCAGACCCAGCAGCACCAACCCUUUCACUGGCAACCUAUUGUCCUCCCCACGCCGAUCGCUCACGCCCGAUUUCUACACCCAGCAGCAGGCCCAGGAGGCCAGCCAGGGCCUCAGCAGGGCCAUGUCAGCUGUGGUUCACAGUUCAGCUCUUCCACCAUCAUUCUCCAGACAGCAAACCUUAGUUCCUGCUCCAGCAGCGGCCCCAGCCAAACAAAACCAAAAAUGGGUCACAUUCGAUGAUGAUUCAGACUUCAUUUCAAUAAUGGCACCAUCCACAGGUGGGACCGGCCCGCCGCUUAUACCCGCAGCCUCAUCCCUUACCUUCUCACAACCUCAGAGCAGCUUCCCCAGCACAGGCUCUGGCAUGGACAGCAACUGGUCGUCAUUUCCCACUUCUGCAUUUCCCAUGAUCCCUCCUCCGAUCCCAACCAGGACUAAUACCAGCAUCAAAAACGCCCAAAUCCCUUCCAGAAAUGAAUUUACAGAGAGAUGAUACAGUGGAGAAAGUGUAUGUAAAAUACAAAGAAUAUAUUGUGUAUCUAUAAUAUGUGUAUGGUUUGUAUAAAAGUGUGGUAUUGGAAGUGUUUGUCCAAAAUAGAUCUGGCUGUUACUUUUAGCCCAACGUAGUUGGAAAACAAAGAGGAAAUCAACACAGUAUGUUAGUAUAUUAUUAGUUUUUUAAAAAAAACUGUCAUUUGUGUAUUAACCUGCAUAUAUACACAUCUGUGAGAAACAUUUUACACUUCAGUGGCCAGAUUUACUAUAUUACACAUUAGACCGCAAAUUGUUCAGCUUUAAGCUACAUGAUCAGAUGUAAAAAAUUUACAAAUAUUAAAUUAUAUAUCUCAUUGCGAUUUCAGUUUCAUCAUCUACUUACCCUCAUGUCUGAACACAAAAGAAGAUAUUUUAAAUGUUUUUUCGUCUUUUCUUUUUUUUUUCAUGGAGUGCAACUCAAUGAGGUCUAAAUAGGUUGUAUUGGACCACAUUGACUUCCAUUAUAUGGACAAAACCAGUUGAAACAUUCUUCAAAAUAUGUUCCUGUUUGUUCCACAGAAGAAGGAAUGUCAGACAGAUUUGGAACGACAUGAGAGUGAGUAAAUGAUUUCUGAGAUCGUUUUUUGGUGAACUGUCCCUUUGUUCUGUAACCCAGUGCUAAUAAGAAAACUUGUUAUUAUCAAAUGCACAGAUUUCAAAUGCCUGGCUGUGUCUGACUUGUUCUACGCCAUCAUAUCUGUAAAAUGAGCUUGAACAGAGAUAUCUUUUUUUGUUGUUAAACUCAUUAUGAAUGUAUCUUUUACCUGUUUCUAUUGCCUAUGUUUAGUUUCAGAGUGUCACAUGCAGCAGUAACGGUCGCUGUGCUUUACUGCAUACUCAAGUCAUGGGUCUUAUUUUUCUGGGUGUUCAUGCAAAAGACCCCCCGUGCAUCCCGUAGCACGACUGAUGUGCUUAGCUUAUUGAAAUAUGUCUUCUAUACAUAUUCAUAGUGAUUAUAUGUCUUCCUAGUGGGGAAAAAUGUAAAGUAGUUGUGAAUUGUGAUUAUAUUUACAGCAAAUUCAUGCCAUAUCUAAAGUGCACUGAAGAGCUCUGUCCUCUAGGCUUUCAAACGCACAUUUCAAGUAAAGAGGGCAUAUUUGUUCACAUGAGGGUCACAGUGGCUCCUUUUAUUCGUCAACAUUGUAUAUACAUGUGCUUUCAUUUCAUCUGACCCAAAGCUCUCGACAGAAAUGCUGUAUUUAACAAAUGUGUUGUGUGUGUGUGUGUGUGUGUGUGUGUGUGUUUUAUUUGGUGGAUUCCUCCUUCAGAAUGUUGGUCAUGCUUUCUUUUGUGCAAUGUGUACUUAUUCGCUCAAUGAAAUUGUAUUUUUUUUAUUUCAGUGAACAGGUUGUUGAUAAAUCUAUUUAUUAUGUGGAGGAAUGCUGUGCUGUAUUUUGGAUUGCGCCAUCUGUUUCUGUGUAUUUUAGCUGUUUGUGCGAGUGCGCUUGCGUGUUUAUGUCGUCAUAUUUAAGGAUUCAGAUAUCUAUGUUACGAGUCGGCUGACCCCAGAGUCAUUAUAGCAUUAUGUCUUCAAACUGUUUUAGAGAAAUAUAUUUGUUAUGGUAUAAAAUAUGGUAUAAUCUUUAGAGGAAAGCAGACUGAACACAAAAAGAUGGAUUAUGAAUGGUGUAACACUUAAAGUUGCCAUCUUAUGUUCUGAAACAAUGCCUUGUUGAUAAAAGUCUGGAGUUCCAAUGCCCCAAAGGAGUUUAUUUGAUUCUAGAGAAGCAUAUCAUGGGCCAGCCUCAGUUGUUUUUAUCAAUUGUAUAUCAUUCCAGACUGUAUUAUGGAUGAAUGAUCAGCCUUCAGGAACUGACUUUAUGUGUGCAAUCAUUUUACUCGUGUUAUGCAGGUUUUUUUUUUUUUUUUUUUUUUUU